ACAGCAGCCAUCUGUCUUACAGGCGGACAGGCGAGCGCUCUUGCUGCUGUAAAUGGAGACGAGGCUGGAGUUGGAUGUUUUGAUAUACCCAGAUGAAGUGAGGGUCGUUACUCCAGAGGCUCUCCGAGAAUGGGAACUGGAGACAGCGAGCCAGUUAUCCAUUCCCGACCUGCGACUGUUUGUGGCGCUUUACCCGUACAACCCUGCUGCCAUGUCUCCCAACUACGAGGCGGCUGCAGAGGAGCUGCCCUUUGUGCCAGGCCAGAUCAUCAAGGUGUUUGGAGAUAAAGACGCUGACGGCUUCUAUCACGGUGAAUCCGGUGGUCUCUCCGGUUAUGUGCCAAGUAACAUGGUAGCUGAAAUCCCGGUGGGCGACGACUACCUGAAAGAUCUGCUCAUGCAGCAGGGAUUCAUCCCUGUAGACCACACAGUUGCGAGCGACUCGACCGGUAUCCCUGACGAUGUGGUCGUCCAGCGAAUGGUGGCCUUAUUCGACUACGAUCCGUGGGAAAGCUCGCCCAACGUGGACAGUGACGCUGAACUCGGCUUCCGAUCAGGGGACAUCAUCUACGUGUUGGGUAACAUGGAUCCAGAUGGAUUUUACCUUGGAGAUCUUCAUGGUCGACGAGGUUUGGUUCCAUCAAACUUCCUGCAGCCGUUACCCUGGAACUAGACGAACCUGCUGUACUCGCACGCUUGCUACAAAUGCCAAGAGAAUUUUAGAAAUCAGCAUCUUUUACUAAAAGAAAUAGUUUAAAUGUGUCAAAUACCUUUUUUUAAUCAUUAUUAUUGAUUUUUUGUUUGUUUUUUAAAUGAUAGUCUGGCUGUAGAUUGCAAAUAAUUGAGCCUAAACCUUAUAUGAUCAGUUAGGAUGAUACAGAGAGGUUUCAUCAAGUCCAUUCAAAGGUCUUUUAUUGACAAAAAUCAGAACAAAUACAGAUGUUUUGGUGCAUAACAGAUAAAAAAUAUGACAGUCGUGUCUUUACAAAAGAUAAUCAAAACAUCAUUUCAUUUUUAUUGGCCUCUAAUUCUUUAUUCAACAAUUUUAGCCUUAAUAAAUACACUCUCAGUCUCUGUGUUGCAGACCGGAGUGUGUGAAUGUAGUUUGUCCAUUUUUGCCUUAUACCACAUUUCUAUAUUUUCUACAGUAUGCUAAUUUCCUAUGCAGUAAUUAGUACAUAAAUUACAAAAUAACAACAAAAAACAAUUGUGUUCUUGAACUUUGGUGUGAUUUUCAUGUUAAAAAUUGUAACAACUGAAACUUUGUACAAACAAAUCCCAAAGUUUCGAGCUGUAAAGCAGAAACAAGAAAGCUUACGUGCUUUCAUUCACAAGUCACAAUGUCGUUUAAUGCCGCUGUGUGAUUUUACAUGAAAUUCAAUUUAUUUUCCAUUUUGACAAGUUAUUCUCUCAAUCUGUAAUAAAUGUGUAAUAAAAUAUAAGACAGAAAUUAAAUAAAAAAGAAAGUAAA